CUCCUCUCCUGAAGACGUUCAUCAACAAGGAACAAGAAAGUGGUGCGGAGCGGUUGGGAAGUUCUUCAGGGAGUGGAUUUUUAUAAAGAAAUAUAUUUAUACAGGAUUCAGUAGUAACGCAGGAGCUGUGUGGUGGCCGAUAUGUCGGUGAAGACCCCGAAGCAGACUGUGCUGAACCCGACAAUCCCGUUCGCUGUAACCAUCCUGGGUGGGCUCCAUCCAGGUGAAAUGGUUCUGAUACAGGGCUCUGUUCCCAGCGAUGUAGACAGGUUUCAGGUUGACUUCACAUGUGGCAACAGUAUUAAGCCAAGAGCAGAUGUGGCUUUCCACUUCAACCCUCGCUUUAAGAAGUCCCACAUUGUCUGUAACACACUGCAGCAUGAGCAGUGGGGCAAGGAGGAGAUCCACUAUCUGAUGCCAUUUGGAAAAGGAACAGGUUUUGAAAUCAUUGUGCUUGUAGAGAAAGAAGUAUAUAAGGUGGCAGUAAAUGGUGCACACGUUCUGGAGUACAAGCACAGAAUAGAUUUGGGUAAAGUGGACACAUUGGGAAUAUCAGGAAAGGUUAACAUCCAGGCUCUUGGGUUCAUUCCAAGUACUAGUUCGACCAUUUCUCCAGUUGCUAUGAAGGGGUUAAGCACACAGGCUAAUGCUGUGCUGUCAGAGCCUGGUGAUAUGAGUCUUCCUUUUAAGAGAAAGCUUGUGAAUGGGUUGAGUCCAGGACACACAGUUACAAUCAAAGGCAGAAUCAGUGCAUUUUCCCACAGUUUCAGUGUAAACCUGCGUGUGGGGAACUCUGAGGACAUUGCACUGCACCUGAACCCUCGACUCAAAGCAGGAUUGUUUGUUCGGAAUUCGUUCCUGUCAGAGUGCUGGGGUCCAGAGGAACACAGUCUUCCCAGUUUUCCCUUCAUACCAGGAGAAUACUUUGAGUUGAUCGUCCUGUGUGAGGCACAGCAGUUUAAGGUGGCUGUGAACGGGGUUCAUCAGUUCAGUUAUAAACAUCGCGUGCAGGACCUGAAGCGCGUGGACGAGCUGGAGAUUCUGGGGGACCUGGAGCUGAUGGAUGUUAAGAUGUGGUAACCAGGCCCACACUUGUAAAGUCGUCAGACACACCACAGCCAGGCUAAAGCUUUCCAGUCUCAGCUCAGCACAAACCAAGUAGUAGCAUGUUGUGAAUUCAUGCUAAUGAGAAGCCACUGAAUCCAGAGCUCAUCCAGACUAAAUUCAACUUGAAUUAUGGGUGUUUUAUAUUUACCUCGUAUUUUUGCUAGAAAUAGCUAUAUUCUAACUCUUUUAUUAUUGAUGAUAUUAAACAUUCUUACAGACUUUAAUGUCUGACUCUUAAGCCCUAUCCGGGUGGAAAUGUCACACUUCCACUCAGUGAAAAAACUCUUGCAUCCGGACUGCAAUUGAAAAAACUGGAGGACCAGUGAAUUUUUUUUGGCUUUUUCGCUCACAUGACAUCACGUUCAGUAGCUCCUCCAUUUUCACUCUCUGUUGUGUUUACGUGGAUCUCCAUGGAAACGUGCACCCAAAGUGUAAUCACGGUGCGUAGCAGUGGACAAAUAGCUAUUUUAUUAAACAUGAGGUGACGAAACUCGGAUAUGUGCGUCAGAAAAACUGUGGGUAAUUCAGCCUGUAAUUUUCUCAGAGGACAUCUGAGUAAAACAAAUACAUGGUCGUCCCGGACGAGAAUAAAAUCACCCCCAAAAAAGAGAAAAUUACCCCAGUACCACCUGAGAAACUAAUUCCGUCCAACACAUUUUGCACGCCUUUUGUACCUGAGCUGAAAAGAAAUCUUCAGCCUGGCUGUGGAGCUCAUCUUUUUCUUCUCUUUUCCUGCUUUUAUUACCUUACCUGCUGUACACAGUGAGAGCUUCUAAAGCAGCAGGAUCUCUCACAAAUCAACUGGUCAGUAUCACUGUUCACCUAAUAAGCACUUCAGCAUCUUUAGCUAAACAAACAGUGUGACAAUCAAACCUUCAUGCCUUACCUUUUAUUGUUUUGUAAUGUUAGAUUUCUUCUGCUAAUUUUGCUGAAGUUUGGUUUAUCUUGGUGAGGUAUAUACUGUACAAGAAAUACAAAAAAUCUUAUUUAAAAGUUUGGGUACUUUAGUCAAAAAGAACAUUUAUCAAACUAAAAAUAAGUAAAUGAAUUCUCUACAAGUAAUAAUUAACUUCUAUUGAGACAAAAUUAAUGUAACGUCCUUAACAUGCUGUAACAUUUUAAAUGUUUUUUGGGAAAUAUGAUAAACAGUAAUUAUUAUGCUCUACAAUGUCAUCCCUGUCUAAUUGGAAUAUGGUAUUUCUAUUGGUCCAUUCAUCAUUAAACUAGAAGAAAACAACUGGCAGAUUCUCCUUUUGUCACGGGAAAAAAAUGGGAAAAAUGGAGAACGAGGUUUUGUGUGACGCUACGAUAUGCAGAACAUUGUCUCUGUGGAGGAUAUAAACCCACGGAUGCCGAAACUUUAGUAUAUGACCAGAUUUUGCUAACAUUGCUGCUACCUUUUGCUUUUUCUAACUAGCUUAACAUUGCAUCCCUCUGUCUCGUUGGUUUGAGCUGGUUCCUCUGGUUCCUUAAUUGCUUAGUAGAGGAAAAAAAUAAUCAUACAGUUUAUCCCAUCAAAUAUGCUUGUUUUUUUAAUGUAGUUAUUUAUUUAUGUUUUUUUAUUUCUUCCCACUUUUAAGAAAGAUAUCUUCAUCUAUUAACCAAAACAUCUCAGGUGCCACUGUAGGCAGAUGUUACAGAUAAAACAAUAGCUAUGUUUUCAUUGCAUUAGUUUAUCAUUUAUAUGAGUUACAAUUCCUCAGUGAUUUGUGUUUAGACAUAUAGCAAUAUCCUGUUCCUGUUUAACUUUUUGUUUUUUAUUUUUUUUUAAUACCACACACCUGAUAUUCUACCUGAUAUUCUACCCUGAUCUCAAACCCAUCCUCUGUGUAAGCACAAGUCCACACAUCACAUGGCCUCAGUUCAAAUAGAUCUGUGUAAUGACCGUCUGCACUGUACAGUUUCACUGUAUUGUUGGGCAUCUCAAGCCCAUUCAAAACAACCAAAUGAAAUCAUGUCAGAUCAAAUAAUCCUGCACAAAUACUUAUUGCAAGCAAAGCCUACGAAAGUAUCAAACAAGCAAAAACAAGCACGAAAACGGAUCAGGGACGCAUUAGAGAAUAUGAUGUCUGGAGCCUUUUGGGCCUGAAGGCACUGAUAUUUGCCCCUGCACACUCCACCACAAACACAUUUCUGAUGGCUUGGAACACCAAGAAAUCCUUCUGGAGGAACGUUUAGCAACUCUAGUCACUGAAAACCAAAGAGAGCAGAUUGGAUGCCAUGUUUGCUGCUUUUUGCACUAAUAGAGGUCUGGGUUUAGGAGUUUGACCAAGUUAAUGAAGCUGACUGACAGUAAAGAUGUUAAUGUAGCUAACAAGCAAAAAUGUAAUUCAAGCACCUGACUGCAACUAAAUCAUGAUACACUAACAUCAAACUUUGUCAGUAAAAUUCAACCAUUUUUUUUUUUUGCAUAAUUUAUUGAUUAAGAUUGAAAUGAAAAUUGUUUAUUGUGAACUGAUUAGUGAUCUGGUGAAUUUUAUUCACUAUCAAAACCACAAAAGCACUCUCUAAGUACUAUCCCAUAUCCAUGGCCAAUUUGUAAUAUUUUAUGUGGUUUCUGAAACUGUAUAACACAAUGUUGUAUAUAAGAAUGGACAGAAAUACAUAACAUUUGUUUUUGUUAUUUGUAGAUCUUGGAUUAUCUACAUUUGGAGUAAAAGAAAAACAGUGUACAAAAAAAACAUCUUCCUAUUAUUUACUUAAUUACAACAUUUACUUUUUUUUUUUUUUUACAUUGAUUUUGUAAUGACACAGCAUUUGACGCAGACUUUGAUUUGAACAAAGCUGGAUUUGCAUCUGCUGUUAACUUCAGAGAACUAUCAGUGAGCACUUCUAAACUGAGGGUACCUUAAUUCUAUGCAUUUUUAUUAGCAGUCUGUAUUUUGUCUAUGCAACAUCCUGCUGAUCCUGUCAGCUGCAACUCACAUCAUCAACUGCUGAAGCUGGAAUGUUUGAUAGUAAAGAGCAUAUAAAAGUAUAAAACUGACCUAUUAAUGCUCCGCCCCACAAAUUUGUUUUCAUAACAACUGAAAAAAUCACACUGAACUUAAAUAUAAAUGUAAGAACUGAAAGUUAUGUAACCUUGAAUUCCCAGUUUAAAAUAUCUGUGCCACUGAGAUGAAUUUUACCAUUGAUUUUUCCACAAGAUAACUGUUAACUUCAGAACAUUAAACUAAAAUAUACCUAACAUGUCCUCACAGUGUAAACACAGCAGAGUUUCAGCUUUUUUUUAUUAGACAGAAUGGGAUUUUUAAUCAGUGUGGAAUUAAGCUUGUCUAGACUAGUGACAGUGGCUACUAUAGAGCAGAUUUGUGGGCGAAGCAUAAAUUAUUUGGAUAAUACUUGAAGGACCAGUAGAAUCAGCAGUGAUUCUCAGUGAACUGGGCUUGAAAUAUUGUACCACACAUUUGUUGUCUUCACUCCAGUUUCAUGUUAAAUAGAUUCAUGAUAUGACUAAUAUAUUGCAAUGUAUUUUUUUAUUGUAUAACCUGUAAUUUUCUGACCAAACCCACUAUAUAAAUUGGUUAAAUAUG